AUGGACAACAUCCUGGCGGCUUCGCAAUCAUGGCCAGACCAGCGACUCAGGAUUAUGAUUCCUACAUGGACACUGUUGAUCAUUAGUACCGUUUUUCUUGUCUGGAGAGGCGUGUAUGGCGUUGUGCAAAAGCGUAGGUUCAUGGCAUCUGAUUACCUGUUGAUCAUCGCCGCUGCGCUCAAUAUCAUUGCCCAGUCCAUGUCGCAAGUCCAAAUUGAAGCUGGCCUUGGGCGUCACUUCAUGGACCCGUCGGUACUGCCCAAUCUCAUGCGCUUUGCAUACUACCUGUGGAUCGCGCAGAUCAUCAACAUCAUGGCAGUUGCAUUCAUCAAAUGGUCCAUUUGCGCAUACCUUUUAGUCUUGAAUUUUUCAAAGUUCUAUCAUACCAGUUAA